AUGUCAAACGUCCUCGUUACUGGGAGCUCCCGCGGCCUUGGCCUGGAAUUGGUAAAACAACUCGCUGCGCAUGCCGAGUUCAGGGAUGGAGUGGUGGUCGCCACCGCUCGCAAAUGCAGCAAUGAGCUUCAAGAAGUUAUUACGUCGGCCAAAUGCUCUGUCGUCUUCGUCUCUCUGGACUUGACUGAAGAGGGAGCGAUUGCGCUAUCAGCGGAGAAGGUUAACUCAGCACUGGCGGGAAAAAGUCUGGACAUCUUGAUCAAUUGUGCUGGAGUUCACAGUGUGACUCUCGGAAAGCUUGCUUCAAUGUCUGACCUCGACUAUCAACUUUCGGUCAAUGUGACCGGCACACACAAUGUCCUUCGACAGUUUCUUCCUUUGAUGCAGACUAGCAACAUCAAGAAAGUGGUUAGCAUCUCCAGCAUAUUUGGUUCUCUGACGCUGGCCCGAGAAGUUGGCUAUGCUCCAUGCCCGGCAUACAAAAUUAGCAAAGCUGCUCUGAAUUCUUUGAUGACUCAGUACGCUCUUUCCUACGAGGACGAGGGAUAUAUUUUCCUUACAGUGAGCCCCGGAGUAGGUCACACUCUUCCAUCCCGGAGUUGGCAUGCUAACAGAAUUUAUCAGUGGUUGAAAAGUGAUAUGGGCGGGCAAGAUGCCGACCUUACUGUUCCUCAGGGCGCGGAAGCAGUGCUGGAUUUGGUCAUGAGUGCCAGUGGCCGGGAAAAUGGUAGCUUCAAAAACGUUCGUGUUCCGGGGUGGGAAAAGUAUGAUGGCCAGGAUUUGCCCUGGUGA